UUGAUUCAUGAAAAAGUAAAUUUAAUGGGAGCAACAGAAUGGGGGAAGCUAUGCACGAAAGUAAAAGAAAUAGAGGCUGAUUACUGUAAAAGGGAUCAUAUGGUGGACAUGAUGACAGAAACAUUUGCUAUCCACAUAGGGGAUCAUGAUUCCCACUCAGAUGAGGAUGGAAGCUCGAGUGACGACAGCGACGACGAUGAAAUGGCCACUUCUAGCACCAACACCGCGUCCUCAUCCGGUUUUCACGUCACGCAUGAUGACUUAAUGGAAGGAGUUUCAACAUUACUUUAA